AUGAGUCACAGUACUGUUUUAAACACUACUACUUCGUCAAAAGAAGAUAUCACUCAAGAAGCUCCACAUUCUGAAAUAUCUUCAACAGUACAACCACUUGCAACUUCAAAGCUGAACGAACAUACAACUUCACUAGAACAAGAAGAAUCUGAAGAAACCUGUAGCUGCUCUUCAGCUAAACACAUUUCAUCAUCGUCGGAAUCGAAGCAAGUAGAAACACUGACAACAAACGGCAACGCAUUCACUUCAAAACACGGUGAGACAAGUGAUUUAAUUCUUCAGUCAGAAGUCUCAGCUGAAGGUACGACCAGUGUAGAACUAAGAGUGACUGAAACAUCUAUUACCCAAGAAGACCUUAAACAGCAAAGCGGAGGCGUCCCGUCCCAAACUGCUCUCGAAAUAACAUCUCAUGUUCUCAGUUUCGAACCAAAUGUAAAGACUGAGCUUCCCAGAAAUGAAACAUCGGAAGGACACUCAAUGCCUGCUACUCCAGAAGAAAUAGAAACUUCACUUGGUUAUUCCAUAGAGCUUCCUGGUAUGAUUUCUGCUACACAAAUGCAAACGAGUGACAAUUCUGCUGCAACAGACGAAGGUAUAGAAAAUACAAGUUGCUGGGAGAUUAGUGAGUUAUCUGACAAUAGCACCACAGAAUCUUCCGAAAUCGCAGACCUAACAUCUAACGAAGAAAGCACCAGUAGACAGAUCUCUACUGAGAUCGCAGGAGUUAAUAGUACUGAAACACUAGCUUCUGUUGGUCAACCCACUGAGUCAAGUACUAGUCAAGUACAGAAAGAAACAUCUGUAGAACAUGAGAGAACCAGUGAAAUGGCAUCAGAGAUUGCAACCUUGACAAAUGAAACACACCAGACUUCUACCUUGGAAGAAUGUGAAGAAUGUGAAGAAAAUAUUGCAAUAGAUACAGAGAUGACUACUGCUAUAUCGUCAUCCAUCAAGGGAGAAGUGGUUACUGCAGAGACCCACGUAAAUGAAGGAACAGUACAUGAAGGCUUGGAAAUAUCCAACACAGAUAAGGAAGGAAUAACUUCGGAGGUAUCAUCAAUACAAAGUAUUGCGAUGAGUUCAGAAACUGCCACCUCGAUAGUUAGUGAAGUUGUUUCAUUGCAGAACCCAACAGAGAACAACGGAUCAACUCCAGAAAAAGCGCAUGAACCGAACGUUGAAGAACCACAAGUUACAGCUACUCCAUCUAUCACAGAAAUAACGACAGGUGAAACUCAUGUAACUACAGCUGUGUACGAACAGACCUUAAUAACUUCUCCAGGUUCCGAAAUGAUAAACACCGCAAAAGAAGGACCUUCUAUCACAACUAUUGGGGAACUCACCUCAAAACAAAAUAUCAGCAUGGAAACAGAAACAGAUACUAACACCGUUAGUGCUACUACCUCACUACAAACUCCAACAGUAAAUAAUAGUGUACAUUCAGAAGAAACACUCGCACCAAAAACUGAGAACGGUACAGCUAGAGGUACAUCUGAAAUACCACACACUGGAAAAGAGGGGAUGCUUUCUACUAUGACACAAAGCAUUACAAUGAACAACGAAACGACUACUGUUACUCAAGUUGCUUCAAUAAAAACCUCAACAGAACCAAAUGGAACGUCUUCAGGAGAAGCAUCACCAGGCCGUUCAACAGCUGCUGAAGAAGUAAGUGAAGAAUACUAUAGAACCGCUACGUACGAAAGCAAUGCAAACACUUCAGAAAUUAUAAAAGGGAAAGAAGGAAGCAUUGACGUAAUUUCAAAUGUCACCGAUGAAAAUAUGACACGUCAUCCAACAAUAUACCUUGACUUCACUCCAAGUGAAACUUCCAGUGCGCAGGAAGUGGAGAAAAAUCUUGCCAUAACCUCAAAUAUGGUAAAUAUAGGCAGUACAACCUUCAUUACUGAGUCAAAUGCAGAAUUAGAAGAACAAAGCAAUACAACAGCACUUUCCAGCGAAACCAACAUCAAACUUACCAGUACUCGUUCUAAAACAACUUUACCUGAAGGACAUGACAGAGGACCUACAGAAAUAACAAAACAGAUUUCCUAUUUACCUACCGAAAUCGCUGAGACCAAACAAGCGUAUAGUUUACAUUCAAAUGAACAAUCUACUGUAUGGAAUCAAUCUACUUUAAUAGAGCAGAUCGCAAUACAACAUUCGUCUGUGACUUCCAAAACUGAAUCCUCCGUGAUAUUAGAUCAAUCACUAGAGUCCACAACACUAUCUAUAACAGGCUCUGUAUUUACUGGCAUUGCAAAUACAACUGAAGCAACUGCGGUAAUGGCAACUUAUGUAGGUGGAGGUGGAUCUGCAACAAAAAUUGAAGUUACUGAACAUGGUAGUACUCCUGGAGUUCAAACGUCUCUAGAAAGUCAAUCUACACGUCAGGAGUUCAGCAGUGGGAAAACUGAAGAGAACGUAGGUGCAAUUGAAGCUGGUAGUACAGAGCAAUAUGCUGGUACUGUGGAAGGUCAUUCUACAACAACAGUUGAAAUCAACAGCUUAUCCGUAGAAACCACAUCGACUGAAGGUCAACGUCCCUUACUUAACAAUGUAAGUGAAGCAACUUACUAUACUGAAACAUCUUCUAAAGCGCCUAGCGUAGAUUAUACCAACAAGCCAUCAGAAUACUCAUCACAGUUUUCAAUGGAAACUGGUACCUAUUUUGGAACAUAUACUGCAUCAGGUACCAGUGAAAGUGAGAAAGGUACUACAAAACCGGAAUCAAAGACGCAUUCUAUGGAAUCUGAGGUAUUAGGCACCACUACAAAUUUGCAUGAUACCCAAGAAAUGCUUGCAGAUACCGCUGCUUCAUCCAAUGAAGCGAUUCCUGUAAACGUACCUUCAUUCAUCAAUAAUGCAGAGCCAAAUAGUGAAGUAACUUUAAUAACGUCAUCUAUGACAAUAAGCCUAACGCUUUCACCGAUAAUACCUGAAAAAAAAUCGUCAGAGGAAGCUACUUCGGCACUUGGCCAGUCUACAGAAAUUAGUCAAAAAACUGGAACAAGUUCAGAAGGAGCAACAGAGCUUUUUGGCACGGUUUCAAACACGCUAAUGCAAUCAAGUAAUAAUUUUACAGACGAAUAUAUAGAGAGUACGAGUUGUUGGGAGAUUAGUGAAACACCUGGUAAUAAUACUGUCACAGAGGUCACACAAAUUGGAGGAUCAACUGCCAGCGAAGAAAAAAUGAGCGAAAUUACUCAUGAAUCUACACAAGUUAGUCCGUCAACUGUCCAUCCCACUGAAUCUAAGUCCAGUCAAAUGUAUGUAAAUCAUUCCACCGAAGUACAGAAAGAAACAUCUGCGGAACAUGAGGUGACUGGUGGAAUAGCAUCAGAGGAUCAGUCGCAAAAAACUGCUGAGACACUGAAUGAAGGAAUGACCCAGAGUAUCCUUCCCUCUAGCGGAGUGUCAGUCGAACUAAGUCAAGUUUCUACAAACGGAAUGGAAAAUGAAAGAACAGGAGCAACUAUAAGCCAGUUUGAAAAUACAACUGAAGUCUCAGAAAUGAGAGCUUCAAGCAGUACUUCUUUUAGACAUUCAUCCACUCACGGAGAAAUUCCCUAUCAAACCGCAACAAAACAGGAAAGCUCAACGACAAGGGAGCCUAGUAAAGAAAGCCCUGAAGAUGAUUCGACAGGAGAUUCUCAAGCUGGAACAAGCGUAGCUCCUUUAGAAAUAGUAUCACAAACUUCAGAGCAUCCAGGUAGUAAAGAAACCUCAAAACAAAGUACCAUGGAAACUGGGGCAACAAGUGAAGGUCCUUCAGAAUCCUUACCAGUCAAAAAAGAGGAUGUUUCAGGAACUCAUUCGGUAGGGACUAUGAGAACUUCUGAAGUGACCAGUAUUCAUGUGGCCGAAGUAACUGUUGAACAAACAGAGACAUUUUCAGGUGGAUUUUCACUUCAAGAUCAUUCCUCAGAGUAUCCAGAGAAUGCGAGUAUCUUAAAGAAAACAACCUCAAGUAACGAAACGACUACCCAGAUAAAUGUAGGUUUCGAACAUCACUCGUCAUCUCUGACUGAAUCAGAAAAAAAAUCACCAGAAUUAUCAACAGCUUCCGAAAAACUAAUUGCUGAAGAGCAUUCUAGGGGAACCGGAUGUACAGAAUUUAAUGAAAAUAUGGAGACAACCACAAAUCGAAUAAGUUCCGUAGAAGAAUUCUAUGGAUCUCAUACGCCUACAACAGAAAUGGGAAGAACAGGGGAGCACUUUUCUGUGACACAGAGCAUCCAGCAUACUGCUUUAAGUACGGGAGAGGUAGGAACAGGUUUUAGUGUUCAUCCCAUAGAAACCCAACAGCCAGAAGUCUCAAGUGCAAGCACUACAACCACUGCAUCUCAAGUGCCUACCUCAGAAGUAAUAGUGACUCAUACUAAGUCUCAAGUGUCAGAGCUUUCAAGUAUGUCUACGUCAAUAUCUGACCACACUGGUUCAGAAACUCAUGUUCAGACCAAUGGGAAUACCACUGGUGUCACUAUAAGACAAUGCGAAUGUCACAUCGUUAAUCAAACCAAUGUCAUACCAAACAAAAGAGUUGAGGUCAAAAUAUUCGUCCAAGGCAAUUCGUCAGAGGGAACUAUCCAGAUUUUAACUGAGAAUAUACCUGUAAGUGAAACAGAUACACCUGGCCUAACCAAUGAACCUACAAAGAAACCUGAUCAGUUUGUAUCAGAAACAAGUGCAUUUGCUCCAGAUCACCAUACUUCCACUGCUGGAAAGGUGUCUGCUAAAGCUACAGCAAUGUCUGAAGCUCAGAUCGAUCAGACUGUUGCAUUUCCAGAGAUCCCUGCCAGUAAAGCAACGAUAACGGUCAGAGAUGUACACGAUGAGGAACCCUUGGAUGAGUUCGCUUUCAGUAGACAUAAAACAUCUACAAUAUGUGAUGAAUGCCAACAUGGCAAAGCUGGAAAAGUCAAAGAAAAGAAGCCUGAAGAAUCUUCGGAUGCAUUCGGUUUCAAUAAACACGAAACGUCUACGAUAUGUGAAAUGUGUCUAUCUGAGCAAGGGACUUCUGAAGAAAAAAACAAGCCUCAAAGUAACACGGACAUCGUGGAAGAGCUAGAUGAUUUUAAUUUCAAAGGCAAAGGUGAGACAUCUACUUUAUGUGAACUAUGUGAAAGUGGAGAAGAAGCUGUAACUAAUAAGCAUGAUCUUGCGACUACAUCACCAACCCCAAGCCCACAAGAAGAAAUGAAUGCAUUCAAUGUUCAUAAUAAGCACGAACCUACGCUAUGUCAGCUAUGCUCAGAUUUGGGUACCACCAUACAAAAUACUGAACCGUUAUUGACCUCUCAGGGAACUGCAGAGACGCAGAAUGAAAAAACUAUCUCUCAGAAAUUUGAAACAGUGGUUACAAGCAAUGUUGUAGCCACGACUAGUAGAAAGCAUGUCACCUCAACCUCAGGAGGGGAAUCAACUUCAUCCAUUGAAGAGCAUGUAACUGGAACACUGAAAUUGUAG